AUAUAAAAAUCCUUCGGGCAGGACAACAAUUUGCGUGGCAAGUCCGCCCUUGGCUAGCUUUCACACUCCCAUAUAGACGGUGGUAAGUCCGUUACUAGAAUGGAGCAGCUGACCGGUGAGCAGGAGGAGCUGUGCCUGGAGCUCACCCUCCGCCCCAUGGUGCCGGAGCCCCGCGUCGGCUUCUUCCUCUGCGUGUACUGCGACCGCCAGUUCGUCACCUCGCAGGCGCUAGGCGGCCACCAGAACGCGCAUAAGCAUGAGCGCAGCGUGGCCAAGCGCCGCCGGCAGGCCGCUGCCGCUCGGGAGGGUGCGCCUGCUGAGGCGCCGGACGAGAGGCUGCCCUGGUACGGCGGCGGUAUCCUGUGUCCGGCCGGGAAGGCUGGUGCUGCUGUCAAGGCGCACAAGCACGGCAUCAGCUGGUCGGAGCACGGCGGCACCGUGGUCGACGUCGACUUGUCUCUUCGUCUAUGAUAGGUCUGCUAACUGGUCGCGCAUCUGCUAGCUCUUUCGGUAUUAUACUUUUGUAACAAUGCGGAUGCCCAGUCGAUCGAUGGCUAGGGACUAUAUAGCUUCCGGCUUAUAACUGCAAGGCUGCAACAGCCACUUGGAGAAAUUGUGGUGUCCUCGGAAAUUACAUCGUGACAACAUUACUAUGUACUACCUCCGUUUCAAAAUAGUUGAAGUUCUAUGUUUAUCCUCAGUCAAACUUGUUUAAGUUCGACCAAGUCUGUGGAAAAUUAUAGUAUUAACAUCUACAACACCAAAUUAGUCUCCAUAGAUUCUUUACGAAAUAUAUUUUCAUACUAUGUAUAUUUGGUGUUGUAGAUCUUAGCACAUUUGUUUCCAUAGUUGGUCAAACUUAAGCAAAUUUGACUUCGGACAAACCUCAAACUUUAAUUAUUUUAGAACGGAGGGUGUAUCUUCUAAAGUUGUAAUUAAGAUACAGAGACAGAAUGUAAGACAUGCACAUAUUGAUGA